AUGCCGAUCCAAAAGCUAGUCACCGACUUCUUCAGUAGUCGAGUUGAUGCUAACUCGUCUAUAGAAGAAGGGACCGCCGCAAGUCACUCUCCUGCCUCCGGAGACGACAGGAGUACCAGCUCUCAAGAGUCGGGGCACUGGAUGAAACGACGAAGGGCCUCGAUGUCCCAAGAGGCUUCGGCCCGUACGGAUAUUGCGGUGAGCUCCUCCACAGAGGAAGGAGCUGCCAACGCGACUGUCUCUCCUGCGUCCCAAGAACCGAGGAAACGGAUAAAAAGACAGGGGACCUCGAAGUUGGCAGAGGCUUUGGUCCGCGCGAAUACUGCGAAAGCAGUGACUUGGUUAGUAGGGCUGACAUCGAGUCUUCAGGCUGAUCUGGUCAAGAAGGUCAUUCCCGACUCUGACGACGAGUCGAGAGAGACUCUGCAGUCGGGGAGAGUGACUGUUGGCCCUGUAAGUGAGCCAACUUUGCGCUACCCCAAAUCUGUGCCAAAGACUCUAUCUAAGAAGAUAGACUCAUCUACGAGGACGCUACGCUCGGAGGGCGUGACUGCUGACUCUGAAAAUGGGCCUAGCCCGCCUCCCAUAUCUUCCUAUCUAGAGAGCCUCAAACCGAAGGGAAACCUUGCGUAUGAAAUACCCUUUGUCGAUUCAGUGAAUGACUCGACAAUGCGCUCUUCAAAGACUCCGUCUAAAAAGGCAGAGUCGGUAAAGGCCAUGAAGGGAUAUGAGAGUGAGCUGGAGCUAGAUGCCAGCAAAAUCUCCAUAGACGAGACAAUGACCGGUCUCACUUCCUUUGCAGAGACUCCUGCAAAAGAGAUGGAUGCUAGCAAAAUUGCUCCCUCUUUCUCAACUCCUGACAGUCUCGGCCCUCAACGGCCUAGACGUUCUGCUGCUGCCGCUGCUACGGCUAGCAUCAAGAGGAGUUAUGAAGAGUAUGGAGAGCCUUUGGCAGAGGCUGCAGAAAUUGUCAAGAAAGCUCGCAAAGAGCUUCCUGCGGUAACUCUGCCAGCCAAAAUGGUCAGCGCUGAAGCUGAUGAGGACAAUCAUCAGACUUCAACCUCUGGUUCUCCCGAGAAUCGGCGCAGCUCUGGGGUCUUCAGUUCGUGUGACUCCGAGCAAAGAGAAAGAAGGGGACAGCAAGCAGAGAUUGCCGUCUCCAACUGUCCGUUAUGCCUCUAUACUACUUCUACUACUUCUACUACUUCUACUACUUCUACUACUUCUACUACUUCUACUACUUCUACUACUUCUACUACUUCUACUACUUCUACUUUUAACAAGCAACUUGAAGGGGACCAAGGCCCCAACGGCAGUCUCUCGCGAAAUCAACAAAGACAACUCAGAUCUACCUUUGCUCGUCUUGACCUCCCGGCCAAUGCAUGUCUGAACACACUUCUUUCUGGUACUGCUCCUGCUCCCCCCACCACCACCGACGUUAGUGUAGAUGGUGUCCCGUCUGAGAAUGGGCACCACCCAGAAGAAGAAGAAGCCCAAGAAAGUGAGCGUGAAGAAGAAGAAGGAGAGGAGGACGACGACGACGACGACGUUGUCAUGUCGCAUAAUGGAGGUGAUUAA